GUUAAAAUCGUGAUUUUAAAGAAGAGUACAAGGGAAGGCUACUCUUGUAGUACUGUUGGGGCAAAACUGAAAAUAGCAGAAAAAAGAGGAAGGGGAGAAGAAAUUAAUUGCUGGAGCUUCAAUGAUGUAUGCGGGUUGAAGAAAAAGAACAAAACUGUAAAAUCUCUUUAGGAGAGAAGAUCAUCUUCAUCGGUGGCUUCUCUGGAAACUACAGCAUUUCUCCCUCUCCCAACUCCGAAGCGGACACUCAAUUCAGUCAAUCUUCAAUUUUAUCUAUUCAAAUCAUCUUCGUCUGCUUCGAUCAUUCUGUUGUAUCUUGUGUGUAUUUUCUGCACUUUGGUAGAUUUUUGUAUUUUAGUCAUCUGCCUAGGCUUCUAGAAUAAAAAGUUGAUCUUUUGUAGUUUUAGCAAUAUUUUGAUUGUUUCCGAAGGAGAGUAUUUUCAAUCUCUAGAUAGAUACAAUAUAGAAAUAGCUGGCUCACCUGGGAUGGAUCUAAUGCUGAAGAGCAGGAGCUGUUUGUAGAGUGAAUUUGGGCGCGUGAAUGAGGAUGGGAUUAGAAUCUUCCGGUGAAUUCUUUCCUAAAUUUCAUGAAGAUUAGGACCCCUAUUCUGGGGUAUCAAAUGAUCUGCUGCCUGGGAUAGUUUCCAGCUUUGGGCAACUUAUAUUGCUUCUUAAGUAGAUUUCUGUAUUAAUGGAUGAUGCCAGUACUAGUUGUGAUGAAGGGAGACAAUAUAAGUUCCCGGAAUCUGUUCCACAAAGUAGCUCUUCCUCUUCACCAUCAUUGCAAUCAUCAUCAGAGGAGCAUGCCACUACACCAUGGCGCCCGAGCCAGCUUGCCUUCAUUCCUUUUUCAAAAGGUAUUCAAGAUGCUAGGCCUGAAAGCUUGCGCGUGGCUGUCAGAAGACCUUUGGUGGCAAGAUUAACCAAGGAUAUUGUUGAGACCUACCACAUAUGCAACCCCCAAUUUCAAUAUACAGAGGAAUUGAAUCCAAAAAGAUUCUUGACAACCCCUACUGCAGGGGUGUUGAAUGAUGGACAUGAUAAUGCAAAUUCAGACCUCAUUCUCUUUUGCAAUCUUGAGUUGACUAAUAUAGACACCCAAAGAAGGUACAUUGUCAAAGAUAGUCUUGGGCAUGGUACCUUUGGGCAGGUUGCUAAAUGCUGGGUUGCAGAAACAGAUAGUUUUGUUGCUGUGAAAGUCAUAAAAAAUCAACCAGCGUAUUAUCAACAAGCUCUCGUUGAAGUUUCUAUCCUGACAACAUUGAAUAAGAAGUUUGAUCCUGAGGAUAAGCAUCACAUCGUUCGCAUUUAUGACUACUUUGUGCAUAAGCGACACUUAUGCAUUGCUUUUGAAUUGCUCGAUACUAAUCUGUAUGAGCUUAUAAAGUUGAACCAUUUUAGGGGAUUGUCAUUGAGCAUUGUUCAAUUGUUUUCAAAGCAGAUCUUAAAUGGAUUAGCUCUUAUGAAAGAUGCCGGUAUAAUCCAUUGUGAUUUGAAGCCCGAGAACAUUCUCUUAUGUACAAGUGUAAAGCCAGCUGCAGUGAAAAUAAUAGACUUUGGAUCAGCAUGCAUGGAAGAUCGUACCGUGUACUCCUAUAUUCAGAGUCGGUACUAUCGGUCUCCUGAAGUUCUACUUGGAUAUCAAUAUACUACUGCUAUUGAUAUGUGGUCAUUUGGGUGCAUAGUGGCCGAGUUGUUUCUUGGUCUUCCAUUGUUCCCAGGAGCUUCUGAAUUUGAUCUUCUGAAGAGAAUGGUCAAAAUUCUAGGGGGUCAACCCCCUGAUUAUAUACUUAAGGAUGCCAAAAAUACCAGCAAGUUCUUCAAAUGUGUCGGGAGUGUUAACUAUGAAGAAAGGGGCCAACAUACCACUAAUAACUGUAGCAGCAUAUAUCAAGCUUUAACUGAAGAGGAAUAUGAAGCGAGAGAGCUGAAAAAGCCUGUAACAGGGAAGGAAUAUUUCAAUCAUAUGAAUCUUGAAGCAAUCGUGAGAAAAUAUCCUUAUAAGAAGAAUUUAUUGGAGGAAGAUAUUAUUAGAGAGAAUCAAAUUCGGUUAGCACUUCUUGAUUUCUUGAGGGGACUUGUUGAAUUUGAUCCAGCUAAACGGUGGUCGCCCUUGCAGGCUUCAAAACAUCCUUUUGUAACUGGGGAGCCUUUUACACAUCCUUACCAACCUGCACCAGAAACCCCUAGGAUGCACGUUUCUCCAAAUGUCAAGGUAGACCAUCACCCAGCUGGAGGUCAUUGGUUUGCUGCUGGCCUCUCUCCUAAUAUUUCUGGCAGGAACCGAGUUGCACUUCACAACAGUCAACCUUAUCAUGUAGCUGCAUAUACACAUAUAGGCAGUUAUGGUAGCUUGGGAAGCCAUGGCAGUUACAAUGAGGGUGGUGGGCUUGGAAGCAGUUAUGGAAGCUAUGGUGAUAGUAAUAAUUUACUAGCAUAUUAUUCCCCAGCAAGGCCGUCUGGUAUGCAUCUUUGUGCACAGAAUGGCUCAUCAAUUCUUGGAGGAAGUCCAGAUGCAAGGAGGUUUAUGCAUCUCCCCCAUGGGAAUACGCUUGGUGCCAGUCCUGGAACUGUCAUUCCUAUGUCCCUUGGAACUAGUCCCUCACAGUUUACUCCUCCCAGCAUGUAUAGUCAGAUUUCAGCCGGUUCUCCUGGUCAGUAUGGUCCUACUUCCCCUGCAAGGGGAAGCUGUCAUGGAUCACCCUUGGGAAAAUUGGCGGCAGGAAAUCAGUAUAACAGAAGGAAAGGAUUGGGACAUCAUGGAAGUUUGCACUCCCAAGAGAUCUCAUCAUCAUCGCACUGGCAAGGACAUGCUAUAGAUAGUACAAGCUCUGCUCUACCCAACUCUCCUAUUUCAGGUGGUUCUUUUUUGCAUCUACAUUCCAACUCAAACCCUACUCCCUGGAGGCAGCAAGGAGCAAGUGGUCUACCUGUUGGUAGCUCUGCGGCUCAUAACAUCAUGGGUGCAGCAAGACAUGGUUCUCACACACAACUUAUGCACCUACAAGGGAGUAGACAUGAAAAUAUUGAGUCUAAUUCAUUACCUGAUCCUGGAGACUGGGACCCGAACUACAGUGAAGAGUUACUUUUACAAGAAGAUGGCCCGGACAUGAGCAAUUUGACUACCGAUUUUGUCAAGGCAAUGAAUCUAGGUCAAUCUUUGAUCUCAAAGGAACCGUUGACUGGAGCUAGAAGAUCCAGCAUGGUACAGAGAACAAAUGGGCCUAGUCAAACAAAUUUUCAUGGAGAUGUGGGAGUACAUCCAUCAGCACACGAUCUGCAUGGCGGGUUUGUUCACACCAUGUCAAAUCCGUUAUAUUUUAUGCCACAUCAUGCACAAAGUUCUCCAAGCCGUUUCUCGCAACCGCCUGUUCAUCGGUUUAGCCAAGGGCGCUCAGCAGCUGGUCGUGGACACGAUUACCAUAAUAAAGUACACAACCCUCAAUCCAGUUUUAGUUCUGAAGAUUAUCCUUCUGAAACCAAUGGAGCUUCAUGGGGGCGUAGAGGAAACUUCUCUGCACCAAACAUUCCACCAAUUUCCCGUGGAAGAAAAGAUUAUGGAAGAAUGGUCUAAGUCUCUCAAAGUAGCUUUCUCCCUUUACAGGGGACACACUAUUAGUAGGAGAGGGCAUGACCACUUUUAACUAUGGCUGCACCUGCCCUCCUCACUUGUAGUGUAUCAAAAACCAAACAAUCUCGCCCGCAUCUGCUCAUUUAUUUAAAUGUAUGAUUCAAGAUUCUUCCUUUAUCUGAUGCUCUUCAUGUGUUUGGUCUGUUUCUGGUAAUGGAUGAGAGUAUACAGACCGGUCGUGACAUGACUUGGCAUUUCCUUCCAAGAAUUUAUUUAUUGGGAACUAAUUGAUGGGGCCUUGAUGGUCUAUCUUGGUUUGCCAGUGUGGAUGAAGCUUGGCCGGGCGAUGGCAGAUGAAUGAGGACUCGAAAUGGAUUGUGGUAUGGUCUUUGGUCACUGUUUCAGCUACCUGGCUAAACUCCCUGUAAAACUAUGAGUGCAGAUUUAUAGACAUGUACUAAUGCAGAGUAUUCUUUCAGUGUAGUCCUGCUCUUGUUCUUUUUUUUUAUUUUUAUCCAGAUACUUUAAAAAAGAAUCAUAUAUCAAUUGGACACUGAAGAAAGGAGUGAUUGAUUGCUGUUUUAUGAAGGGGUUGCCAAGUGGAAUUAGUU